AUGUAUUUAAACUAUUUUGGUCACAAACAAACACAAGAGACCGUCUCAAAUAACCCAAGAAUUGGACCUCCAGAAACGAAGCAAUCCGACAUGGCCAAACCAUCAAUUCCAGUUCCCGCACCACCAGGUACAGCAACACCAACCUCAUCACCACCCAAUCUGCCAACCCGUCCACAAACUACAACAUCAACUGCACCGCCAAAACCAACACGCCAACGCACAUCGACCUCAACCUCAAGAGCGCCAACGCGAUCAGCUCCAGAGAAACAAACUACCAAACCCUUGCCAUUCAUUCCGAAGCCAGAAGCAAAAAGACCUGGAACAAGCGGAACUGAACUCGACUUACGAACCCUAAAACGCGACGCCUCAUCCGCGUACAUCACAGCCCAAAGAGCAGAGAAAGAGUAUCGCACGAGAAGACAGGCGAGAGUUGCGAGGGAAGAGGGGAGAGCUGCGAAGGUGCACUUGGCGAGGGCGUGGAGGGAGGGUGGAAAGGGUGUGAAAGCGCUUUGCAAGGCGAUUAGGUUUAUGCCUUCUUUUUUGAGUGAGAAGAUGGGUAGGAUGAGGAAGAAAGGGAGUGAUAAGAAGAGUGAGAAAAGUGAGAAGGGUGAAGGCGUGGUGAUGAGUGGGGGAGCAUAA